UUCAAGAUUUGCAGUGCGUUGGGUAGAAUAGAAUGGGUGCAACAAUCUCAGCACCAGUUCCUACAAUCAAGCAGAAAUGGAGAGACCAUCCUCCUUCUUCUUACUCCCUCAAGAUUCAAAACUUCUCCCAACUUGAAAAUUCGACUGCCUCCUCUGAUCAUAAAUAUCAAUCUCGUUUUUUUUCCUCAGGUGGACAUAAAUGGAGAUUGAUUGUAUACCCAAAAGGGAACGUAAAGGACAAUGGGAGUGGAUUUAUUUCGAUGUACGUGGAAGUCGACAGCACAAGCUUGGUAUCUACCCCACCAACUGAGGUGUUUGCGAAACUCCGUUUCUUUGUCUACAACAAGAAAAUAAACAAGUACUUCACUAUUCAAGAUGUUGAGGUAAAGCGGUUCAAUGCUCUAAAACUGGUGUGGGGGUUGCUAAAAGUUCUUCCAUAUGAAACAUUCAUUCACCCUGAAAAUGGAUACAUAUUCGAGGGAGGUCAAUGUGAGUUUGGUAUUGAUGUCAUUGUUCCCCCACCCCUUACCAAUUGGGAGAUCGUCUCUUUUGAUGAGAAACUACUCUCUUAUCCCAAGUUCUCGUGGACUGUUAAGAAUUUUUCUGAGUUGAGAGAGGAGAUUUACACAUCAAACAGUUUUCCAAUGGGAGGAAGGAAAUGGGUUCUAAAGGUGUAUCCGAAGGGCAGGUCUAGAGCAGAUGGCAAAUAUUUAUCCGUUUUUCUGUAUCUAGCUGAUAGUGAAAUACUAAAACCAGAUGAGAAGAUUUUCAUGCAAGGAAUUGUGCGACUUCGAAACCCUUUUGGCUCCAAUCACUUGGCACACCAAAUCAGCUGCUGGCACGAAGAAAAAAAGAAUGGUUGGGGUUGGGAUAACUUUGUUCGUUUAGCUGAACUUAAACAGACUUACUUGGACAAAGAAGACACGUUGAAAUUUGAGACGGAAUUUAAAGUUGUUUCUGAGGCCAAAUACUCUCCCAUUAAUACCUAAAAGCCCUCUUUUUGUUUACUUUGUUCUUCUACUCUAUGUCUUGAGCACUAAGACACAAUGUUA